AUGAGAGAAAUCUAAAACCACAAACUUAGUGGUGAAGCGUGCUUCGUGCAUUUUGCCCACUACGUAUAUAUUGUCAUCUUGAGAGUUUGCGCACUUCCCCAUUAACUCUCGUGAUGAUGCAUAGAAUACUUGCUUGGCUAUAUAUAUGCACAUAAAGUUCGUUCAAUAACUACUAUAUAGUUCCUCUAUGCAUGUAGCUACACUAUCAUAGAGAAUCAUGGAAGAGGAAUCUAAGUCAAAGUGGGAAGGUAAAGCCAUGGUUGAGGUAGUAGGCACAGGCGCAGAAGUAGCAUGGGCUGUGUUAGAGGAUUUCUGCAACAUACACAAGUGGAUCUCCUUAGACACAUGCUACCAAGUAGAUGGGAUUCUAGGGCAACCUGGCCUAAUCCGUUACUGUGCUUCCACCGUUGAAGAAGGUGUUGGUGCUGAGAAGACAACAACAAUCAAGUGGGCCAAAGAGAAGAUACUCGCGAUUGAUCCUGUCCAACGUUGUUUGACCUAUGAAGUUGUUGAAAACAACAUGGGAUUUAAGUCCUAUGUGGCCACUCUCAAAGUGCUGCCAAUUGAAGGAGAUGGGUGCAAGAUAGAGUGGGGGUUUGUCAGUGAUCCAGUUGAAGGGUGGAGUUGUCAAGGUUUGAAGUCAUAUGUUGAGUCUACUCUCCAGUCCAUGGCCAAGAAGAUUGAGUUUGCGUAUAGCACACAUUAGUUAAAGUGAAAACUAGGGUUUGGGAUCUGGCCUGAGAAUAAAUCUGGUGGUGCUAAGGUUGUUUACAACUAAUUAAACAUAAUAAGAGGGUGUGUCACGUGUGUUGUUUCCAACUCCUAUUAUCACUUUUGGUAUUUGUUUGCCCAAUUCAUUCGAAACAAAUACUUGCCAUUUAAUGUGUGUCCUAAAAAAAACUUAUGCACUAGACCUAUAAUUUAUGCUAUUUAUAAAUGAGAAUAUUCUCAAAUCGAAAUUUUUUAAGUAUCAA